AUGGGUCGCGUUCGCACCAAGACUGUCAAGAAGUCCGCCAAGGUCAUCAUUGAGCGGUACUACCCCAGACUCACCCUGGACUUCGAGACCAACAAGCGCAUCUGCGAUGAGAUCGCCAUCAUCGCCUCCAAGCGCCUCCGCAACAAGAUUGCUGGCUACACCACCCACUUGAUGAAGCGUAUCCAGCGUGGUCCCGUCCGCGGUAUCUCCUUCAAGCUUCAGGAGGAGGAGCGUGAGCGCAAGGAUCAGUUCGUCCCCGAGGUCUCCGCCCUCGACUUCACCCAGAACACCGAGAGCGGACAGCUCGAGGUCGAUGUCGAGACCAAGGACCUGCUCAAGCACCUCGGCUUCGACGCUAUCCCCGUCAACGUCACUCCCGUCGGCCAGACCCAGGUCCAGGAGCGCGGAGGCCGCUUCGGUGGCCGCCCCCCUCGCCGCGACUAA